CGCGAGACUCCAGGAAAAAGGAUAUCGGAGCUCAUUAUCAGAUAGCCUCCAAUUACCUUUAACUCACUAAAUCACCCCAACUCAUAAACCUGCCAUCUAGACUUUGUCGCCGCCUCGGAAAUUAUAAAUACGUCUCCUCUUAUUUCUUCACUUAUUGAGACUCCCCUGAGGGCUCCUCCAAGAUGGAGAGCUUCGAUAACAUCUACCUCGACCUUUCAAAGCAGCAUGGAAAAUGCAAGCUGGCGGAAUCUGGCUUAGGAUGGAAGCCUUCCGGCGGAGGCGAAACGUUCACUCUCGACAGCAGCAACAUUGGCGCGGCCCAAUGGAGUCGAGCAGCAAAGGGAUAUGAACUGAAGAUCCUGUCGCGCUCAUCGGGCGUCAUCCAACUCGAUGGCUUCGAUCAAGAGGAUUUCGAGCGGUUGAGCAAAGCGUUCAAGAUCUGGUACGGCAUCAACAUGGAAACCAGGGAACACGCCCUCCGAGGAUGGAACUGGGGUAAGGCCGAGUUUGCGAAAGCGGAACUGUCCUUCAACGUGCAAAACCGACCUGCUUUCGAAAUUCCUUACUCCGAGAUAUCGAACACGAACCUUGCCGGAAAGAACGAAGUCGCCGUCGAGUUUGCACUUGGCGGCGAGGGCAACGAGCCUGCAAAGUCAGCUGGUAGCACGAAGAACCGUGGUCGCAAAGCCGCUUCUGGCCCGGAUGAACUAGUUGAGAUGCGGUUCUACAUUCCAGGAACAGCCGUGAAGACAGAGAAGGGCGUUAAGCAGGAGAAUGAGGACGAAGAGAACGGUGAAAAUGAGGGCGAGGAAGAAGAGGGUGGCGAAGAGCAGAAUGCGGCGAACUUGUUCUAUGAGACGCUCAUGGACAAGGCAGAGAUUGGAGAUGUGGCUGGCGACACUUUCGCUACGUUCUUGGAUGUCCUUCACCUUACACCCAGAGGCCGAUUCGAUAUCGACAUGUACGAAUCAUCCUUCCGGUUACGCGGUAAAACCUAUGAUUACAAGAUUCAAUACGCGUCUAUCAAGAAAUUCUUCCUGCUUCCGAAGAACGAUGACACGCAUACUUUGAUCGUCCUGGGACUUGACCCCCCGCUACGACAAGGCCAGACUCGCUAUCCGUUCUUGGUUAUGCAGCUGAAGUUGGAUGAGGAAAUCAGCUUGGAGCUUAAUAUGACAGAUGAACUCUUGGAGAACCGCUACAAGGAUAAGCUGGAACCUCGCUACGAAGAACCCAUCCACCAGGUUGUCACAAAGAUCUUCCGUGGCCUGUCAGGCAAGAAGGUCAUCAUGCCAUCCAAGGACUUUGUUAGCCAUCACGGUCACAGCGGAGUCAAAUGCUCCAUCAAGGCCAACGAGGGUCUCCUUUACUUCUUGGAUAAGAGCUUGAUUUUCGUUCCCAAGCCUGCCACUUACAUUCAAAUUGAGAACAUUGCUAUCAUUACCAUGUCCCGUGUGGGUGGUGCCAUCUCGGCGAGCAGAACGUUUGAUAUCACCGUCAGCUUGAAGGCUGGUAUGGGCGAGCACCAGUUCAGCAACAUCAACCGUGAGGAACAACAACCACUUGAGGAAUUCUUCAAGGCCAAGAACAUCCGAUUCAAGAACGAAAUGUCCGACGAUGCCUCGGCUCUCAUCGCGGCUGCCCUUGACAACGACGAUAUGGCCUCCAGUGAUGAUGAUAACGUACGGGCCGAUCGCGGCUCGGCUGAUGAAGACGAAGAGUCUAUUGACGAGGAUUUCCAGGCCGAGUCUGACUCGGAUGUUGCAGAAGAGUACGACUCAGCGCACGAAAGCAGUGGCAGCGGAAGCGAUGCCGAGAUGGAGGAUGCAUCCGAUGGCGGUGACGAUGACGAGGACGAGCCGAUGUCCGAGGCGGAAGGACAGCGGCCGAAAAAGAAGACGAAGGUUGGAAAAUAAGGAACGCCGCUCGAUUCCGACCGCGCCGAUUGCAAUGAUGAUUAUCGCAUAAUGAACCGGCCAACAUGACGUUCCGUAUCAUGUCCUCCGCUGAAGCCAAGCGGCUAAGCUGGGAUGUUUGCCCUAGCCAGCGGGAAGUUAGACUUCUUGGAUUCUUGAAGCCCUUGUAAUUGUACUCUGGAACACUGCAUAUCGGCAUGAUUCGUUUCACAGAGCGUUGGCCAACGGCAUCAAAUUGGUUCACAUCCGUAAAUGUAGCAUAUAGCUAGUCCGUUUGUCAGUCCGACAUCGCGGCAAUAUGAUCUGUCAGGGCUGGUCGAUGGGGGCCAACUCAAUUAAUUUUGCUAUUGACAAGACUAUUGAGAAGCUCCUGCAUGUGCAUAUAUGUCAUU